CAAUGUAAUAGGAAUUCAAAUUACCAUAAAAGAUAAUAGAGUUGUAUGCUAAAUAUCAGAAUAAAUCAUAGAAAGUGAAAAAAUUCUAACUUUAAGAGCAUACUUUUAUGCUUGAAGAUCAUUAUGCUCCUGUAGAAAUAAGUAAUAAUUUCUAUAAAUAAAUAAAGUUGGAAGUGGUGCUUAUGGGUGUGUAAUAUAAGCUGAUGAUAAGAAUGCUAAAACCGAGAAAGAUAGAUAGGUGGCCAUUAAAAAAAUUGAGAGAGCAUUUGAACAUAGACUAUAUGCAAAAAGAACUUUGAGAGAAUUAAAAAUUCUUAGAUUGAUGAAGCAUGAGAAUGUAAGAUUUUUUAGAUUGAAAUAGAUUGUUGAAUUAAAAACUCUCCUUCUUCCAAAAUCUAGAGAAGAAUUUGAAGAUGUUUACAUGGUUACUGAAUUAUUAGAAACAGACUUAGCACAAGUAAUUAAGAGUGACUAAGUCUUAACAGAUGAGCAUAUUUAAUUAUUCUUAUAUUAAAUUUUAAGAGGAUUGAAGUAUUUACAUACUGCAGGAAUUUUGCAUCGAGAUUUAGUAUCACAUUAUUUAAAAAUUAAUUUAGAAACCAAGAAAUUUAUUAUUAAAUAGAAAUUGUGAUCUGAAAAUCUGCGAUUUCGGUUUAGGUAGAGCAAUGGCUGAUCCUACAUCAUCCAAUAAUGCCAAUAUUAUGACUUACUAUGUAGAAACUAGAUGGUAUAGAGCCCCUGAAUUGUUAGUGAGUUUUAAGAAUUAUACACCUGCUGUGGAUAUGUGGUCAGUUGGAUGUAUUUUAGCAGAACUACUAUUAAGAAAACCAUUUUUGAGAGGGGAUUCAAGUAAUUAAUUAUAAAAAUUAAUUAAGCUAAGCGAUAAGUCAAAUUGAUUUUUGAAUUAUUGGGUACACCAAAUGAAGCCUAUAUUUAAUCAUUUUAAGAUGAAAAAGUUUAAAAUAAUUUAAGGAAAGUUAUUAAGGAAACUGGUCCAAAAUAAGGUAUUCCAUUAGAAUAAUUAUUUAAAAAUGCUUCUAAAAAUGGUAUUAUUUUCUAAUUAUAUGAAAAGCUUUGGAUUUAUUAAGGAAACUACUAACAUUUGAUUUUAGAUAGAGAAUAACAGUUUAGUAAGCCUUAGAACAUCCUUAUUUGGCUUAAUUGCAUUUUGAAGCUGAUGAACCUAGUGCUUAAUUAGUCAAUUAAUUAGAGUUUGAAUUUGAAAAAUAUGAAAUGACCAGAGAAUAAAUCAAAGGUAAAAAAGUAAAUCUAAUUGUAUUAGAUCUCCUUUAUGAAGAAAUUCUAUUGUAUUAUUUUCCAGAAUUCUAAGCAUCAUAUGAAGCAAAGAAAAAAUCUGGAUAAAGUUUAAUAUCUCAUAUUGUGAACAAUGAAAAUGCAAAAAUAGUAAAUUAUUUAUUUAAAAUAGUUUGAUCCAACAGCAGAUGAUGAUUUAGAUAGAGAUUGAAU